AUGGAGCCCACCAGACCUGGGGUCGCCCGUUUACAACCGCCAGGUGACGGGACAAGUUCACAACACCCUCCCUCGCCUGAGAUCACUAAUUGGAAUCAUUGUCGCCAGGAGAUUGAGACUCUCUACUGCGAGAAAGGAUGGAAGCUGGACAGGAUUAGGAUGUGGAUGCAGCAGCGAUACAACAUCACAGCAAGUACGAAGCAAUUCAAGGACAAGAUCACUUCCUGGGGGUUGGGCAAGAACCUCCGUGAAAACGACCUUGCCCAUCUCCUGUUGGCUUUUCAGCGUGCUGAGAGGGAUCUGGGCCGGCCUCAGGUCAAGCUCCGCGGUCGUAUCAUGGGACGAUCACAAGUCAACGCCUACCUAAAGCGGAAAGGAAAAGCAGACCAAGACAUUCUUGCUACCAUAGAUGCCAACCAGCCCCUCCCACGCCAUAUAGAAUACCUUUACCCCGAAAACCCCUCUUUAAAUAUCCAUCCAGAUGGGUUACAUCUCAAUAUAAGUCCUUCGACCCUGACAACACCAUCUUGGACUGCUACGCCUUCAGGGGCUUUCAGCAACCAGUCCACUAGCCAAUCGACGCCAGCGUCACAGCAUGAGCCAAUGGGGGAACACAGACCGUGCAUGGAUCUUGAGCGUCCAAAAGAGCUUCCAAAAUUCAACUUGCAAGAAUCGCUUGACAGAUUAAAUGCUGACAACCGACAAGAACUCUCGUCAAGCAACUCCUCAUCUCCCGAUGUGCUACCAGAGUCAGUGAACCUUCUGGAGAGCUUCGACAUGCCUGAAAACUUCGAGUUUCCUGAAAGCUUCAAUAGCGUCAUGAAUCAAAUCCUCAGCCAGGACUCUUCGGCAGGCCCCGAGCCGAGUCAACCGAGCCAAAUGAGUUUCUAUAAGAUGUUGUCCGGAACAAGACUGGUCUCUAACCAUGCAGAACUGACCCGUGGUCUCGAUCGUCAAUUUCGACUUUCCAUGAAUGCGAUGAAAGACGUCAACGGCCAGCAGCCUUGCGAAGACCGCGCGCAAAGAUUCCUUGGGUGUUUUUUUGGUGGAUGCGUGUUGCGCUGUCAAGGUGCUUCAGAAGGCGCUACCGACUGCUUUCGUCACGCAAAUAUACUACUCAAAUUCAUGAUAGAGAAGUACGAUCCGGAAUGUCUGAGUGCGCUGAACGGCAUGCUUCCAAUUCUUGAAGCACAUGGACACAAGGAGCUUGCAGUUGAAUUUCUGAGCAAUGUGCUCACCUUCUUGCAACACACGCCCAACAAUCCGGUCGCAGCAACCGCGGAAUUUUUGAUCAAAGUGGCAGCGAGACAACUGAAGAGCUUUGCGGUAGAAGUCAAGCACCUGGAAGAUACUCAUCAGCAUCUGAAAGAUCGAUUUGGCGCUCAGUCGCCAUCCGCACUUGUGGGUCUGUACCAUAUCGCCUGGAUGUGUGCGAGGGAAGAAGAGCAUCGAGAAAGGGCACUGCAGAUCUUGGCAGAGCUCGUGCCAUUGGCGUCUAAAAUCAUGGGUCCCUCCAAUUUCCUUACCAUCACUAGCAUGGUAACCAUGGCCAGGGUUUUGUCGUAUGUCCGCACAAAGGAAGAAUCCAUUGCGCUGGUGUGGCAGACGAUCCAAAUGAUCGACCAGAAAUAUGCCCGCUUCCACCCUUAUCGGCUGGAGGUCUUGCAUCGGCUAGCAACUCUUCUAAUCGACACACAUCGCGCAAAAGACGCCGAGAACAUCUUGAGAGGUGUCAUCGAGCAGCGUCGUGUUGUCUUAGGGCCUAACAAUAGCCUCACCAAACGAAGUAUGGAGUGCCUGCAGGAAGCAAUCCAGGCCACCGGAAGGGAUGUUGAAGUGAAUAGACUCGAAUCUGAGCUGUUGUCACCACCGAGAGUCAGCAAAGUGUUGGAGGAUACUCCAUCGACGGCCUACUUACCACUGCCUUCACCCAUCUAA